AUUCGACUUGGCUCGUUGUUCGUUCGUUUCUUAUCUUUGUUCCAUGGAGCUAGUUUUAAGUUUAUGUCGUUAAAUUUGAUUUGAUUUCGAAUGUGAUUUUUCCUCUAAGUUUCCUAGUCAGCCCUACCUAAUGUUCCACAAUGUCACAAAAAGAAGUCUGUUUGAAGUGGGAAAAUCAUCCAAUAAAUCUGCUGUCAUCCUUCAAGAGCUUCCAAUCAUCAAAUGUGCUAGUCGAUGUAACUCUGUCAUGUGAAGGGCACAGUCUAAAAGCACAUAAGCUAGUCUUGUCUGCUUGUAGUCCAUACUUUCAGUCCCUUUUUACAGAAAAUCCUUGCCAACAUCCAAUAGUUUUUAUGAGCGACAUGAGAUUUGAAAUCAUGAAAGCUAUUAUGGACUUUAUUUAUAACGGAGAAGUCAAUGUUGCCCAUGAUGAACUGUCUGCAUUCCUAAAGGCUGCCGAAGCACUCAAAGUCAAAAAGUUGAGCGAGGUAUGUGCUCAAAGCCUGAAUUCUCGGAUCGACAGCAAUGCAUCUUAUUCUCAAAGAGUUUCGACUCCCAUGAAGAAACGGAACAGGGGACGGAAAAGAUCUCUGAGUGACUCGAAUAAAAGUGAUGAAGAGAUAGGGUCUAUAAAGCAAGAGCCUCUCUCGCCAGAAAGUCAAGAAAUUCACGAAAUUUCUGGUGAUGAGUUUUACACCUCAAGUGAAAUGAAAUCAAAUGACGGUUUACGCUUAAAUUCUCAUGUGCCUAUGAAUGCUUAUUCAUCCUCCCAUCGUCAGUCUGCUGGAUGUAUCAUUAGAGAACCUGACUCUGAUGAAGAAUAUGAAAUGGAAUCAUCAAAAUUGCUAGAACAAACAUUGGCUGGUAAUAUGCCAUCCAAUAAUCAAGGUAACCAUGGUUUAUCAAUGUCAUCAGACGGUUUGAGGAUAGAAAAGAAAAUGCGGAGCACGCCUGACACACAGCCUUCCAACAUGCAAGGUACUCUAGAAAACCCAGAAGAUGUAAAGCCUAUCAUUCAGUUUGAAGAUUCUGAAGAGGAGGCAGAAGGCACGAUGAUGUCAUAUAAUGAACAGUCACAACCGGGACCAAGUAACUACAAAGAAAGUUCCUUAGCUCAACAGGAAGGUUCCCAGCCUCAUGGUACCAUCAUGCUUGUAUUUACAUCUCUGCUGCUUUGAGCAAAUUGCUCAGUUUCCAGAGUUUGAUUUGUUAAAAUCAAAUUAAUGCAUAGAAGCUGCAUUUUUUUUUCUUUUACUAUUUUAUACUCUUAACUCAGCCAAAAAUGUGUUGCAUUUUUGUAUAUCUUGAAUGAAUGUUUUUUGUUUUGUUUUCCUCUUAUUUGUUUAACUUUGUUAUUUUGUUUUAUCCUUUAAAAUCCUAAACUGUCCUUCACUGAGUAUUAACGAUUUAUUUUUCAGCUUGCAAUCGAAUUUGACAUCUCCAAAUAGCAAUUUUACUGUUUUUUUCUUGUUUAUGUAUUAAUAUUUUUCUCCCCAGAGAUUUUCAUAGAGUAUCAUUGCAUUAGGAUUGGCUACUCCUCAAGCAGUGUUGUUGCGGACGUUGGAUUCUAGAACCAGUAGUACGCAGAAUUUCAAGAAACUUUCAUGUGAGUAAGUAUUUAUUUCAUGAGUGCAGUAAGUAUCAUUUUAUUUGUUUUUGAAUAGUCAUUGGAAGCUUUUAAAAUCACAAUGUUUCUAAGAAUCACAUUUCUUGCAGCAGUUCCUGUAGCUAAUUAAAAUUUUUUUCAGCAAAUUUAAUGAUUUUUUACAGGUUCUAAUCCAUUUCUUUUUCAGUUGCUUCUGCGUUUUUUUUUGUAAAACAUUCUGAUUGACCUUAUAUGUACUAUGCAGGAAUCUUCUGUAAAAAUUAACAAGGAACAAUUUUGUAAUAAAUCAUUCCUUGUCAAGAUUAUCUCUAAUAUUUGUAAUAAUGAAUAAAUGAUUCAUUUUUCUUUGA